AAUUUGGGCUGCCCUGGUUUGAGUCUCAUGAGACUUUUCUCCCGCGCAAGCCAUGAGUUACCUCUAAUUGAAAAACGACUAGCACCGUGAUUCAGAGGAACUACAAAUCCCAUAAAGUGUUGCGCGUUAAGGGCCUUUGGCGAGCAAAGGAGGCCGUGGCGCAGACGCGGUAGCGCGACUUCGACAGUGGAGAAACAUGGCGGCCCCGACGCUGACUGGGAGGUUGUACUCCCUGCUAUUCCGCAGAACCUCCACCUUCGCCCUUACCAUCGCUGUGGGCGCCCUGUUCUUCGAGCGCGCCUUCGAUCAAGGCGCGGACGCGAUCUACGAACACAUCAACCAGGGGAAGCUGUGGAAACACAUCAAGCAUAAGUAUGAGAACCAGUAGUUCCUCGGAGGCUGCCAUCCAGGCCAGAAGGACCAGGUCCACCCACCAGCUCUUUGCCCAGAGCCAGGGCCUCAGCUUGA